UGACCCAGAAGACAGGGACAGGGCUUCCCUGGUGGCGCAGUGGUUGAGGGUCCGCCUGCCGAUGCAGGGGACACGGGUUCGUGCCCCGGUCCGGGAAGAUCCCACGUGCCGCGGAGCGGCUGGGCCCGUGAGCCAUGGCCGCUGAGCCUGCGCAUCCGGAGCCUGUGCUCCGCAAUGGGAGAGGCCACAGCAGUGAGAGGCCUGCGUACCACAAAAAAAAAACAAAAAAAAAGACAGGGACAUUUUGGUGACACAGGAACUAGGAAUAAUAUGUUAAGGAACAAAAUCGGUGGCUGAGCAGGUGAAAGGGGGUGGGAUAGAGAGACCAAAGGAGCGGGAAGUGGAGGGGGAGCAGGGACACUGCCUGCAGGUUGGCACAUUUAGAGGAUGGAGGAGGUGGGCGUUCCCGUGAUAAUCCUGGGAAAUAGGCAGGGUGUGAGUCAUUCUCCUCAUUUCAAAGAUGAUCAAACUAGGAUUCAGUUAAAAGCUUCACAAAGCAGCAGCAGAGUGAAGACUCAGCCCAAGUAUCCUGACUCCCAGUUUGGGGCUGUUGAAAUGACACCACGGUUUCUAUAAUGAUCCUUCGCAUUUGGUGGAGCUGAAACUGAUUCAGACCUAAUUAGUUAGACUUGGAGCCCAGAGCCUGGGGUUCUCAUUCUUCCGCUGUCACUGGCCUCUGGGUGUUGGUGAAAUUCUCCGAGCCUGCGUUACCUUGUUUCUAAGAUGGAAGCACUCCUAACUGCCUGCCAGGAGGCUGAUUCCACUGAAGUAUCUGCCAAACCAAAGAGAAGUUUUUAUGCUGCGAGGGAUUUGUACAAAUACCGACACCAGUACCCACAGAACUUCAAAGAUAUCCGAUAUCAAAAUGACUUGAGCAACCUUCGUUUUUAUAAGAAUAAAAUUCCAUUUAAGCCUGAUGGUGUUUACAUUGAAGAAGUUCUCAGUAAGUGGAAAGGAGAUUACGAGAAGCUGGAAUACAGCCACACCUACAUCCAAUGGCUUUUCCCCCUGAGAGAACAAGGCUUGAACUUUUACGCUAAAGAACUAACUACGUAUGAAAUUGAGGAAUUCAAGAAAACAAAAGAGGCCAUUAGAAGAUUCCUCUUGGCUUAUAAAAUGAUGCUGGAAUUUUUUGGAAUAAAACUGAUAGAUAAAACUGGAAAUGUCGCUCGGGCUGUUAACUGGCAGGAAAGGUUUCAGCACCUGAAUGAGUCUCAGCACAACUAUUUAAGGAUCACUCGCAUUCUGAAAAGCCUCGGCGAGCUUGGAUAUGAAAGUUUUAAAUCUCCUCUUGUAAAAUUUAUCCUUCAUGAGGCUCUUGUGGAAAAUACCAUCCCCAAUAUUAAACAGAGCGCACUGGAGUAUUUCGUGUACACAAUUAGAGACAGAAGGGAAAGGAGAAGACUCCUGCGCUUCGCCCAGAAACAUUACACGCCCUCGGAGAAUUUUAUCUGGGGACCACCCAGGAGGGAACAGCCCGAGGGCAGCAAAGCCCCGAAGACCCCCGCCCCGCCCACCUCGGGGCAUCACAGCCAGACGUCUAUGCACAAAAAACCCAAGGACUCCAAAAAUCCCUCUGCAGCUGGGCGUGUAAAUAGCAAAGCUGCCGAAGACAAAAAAGUGACACCUAGGGAGCCGGAGGAGGAGACAGACUGGCCCAGCUCAGAGGCCGGCAGCGAGGCUGCCGGGUCAGGAGACCCAGAGAGAGAGGGUGAUGCCGACAAUUCCAGUCCUCAACCAGAAGAGACAAUUGCGCAUGCGCUGGAGAAAAAGGAGAGUGCGUCUCCCUCUGAAAAAGAUGAAGAGCGUGAAAACCGUAACAAGGACUGUGAGAGUCCCGGAGAGACAGGUUCCCACGAUGACGCACUCUUACAGUGAAUUAUCAGGAAGCCCACAGACCCGUGUGGGUGAGGAACAGAGGCCACGUUUCGGAGGGUAGCCGGCUGUUGGUGAGCUCUGUUGUAAGCAUUCAGUUGUCACUUGGUUUUGAUUUUGGAUGACAGUGAAUUUAAUAUUUAACCAGAAGUCUGAAGACAGGACCCAAUUCAUGAAUGCAUUCUGUAACACUUUGGGGACGUGAGUUUUCGAAUCCAGUACACAACAAUUACUUUUAAAUUAUUUUCAGUGUAUCUGGAAAUAACCAUGUAGUCUUCGAUACAGCAAAUAAAUUCUUUGGAGAGACUCCGCUCUACAUGAAGAAAAUCAAGUGGAUAAUUUCGUUAGGUUGCCACCCCUUUGCCCGUUUUAUGGAUUCCUUUGUUUUUAAGCUGCGAGAAAGAAUUUGGUCUUCUCAGAUGUAUUCGGAAGAAAUUGGGAGUUUUUUCAUUACAGCACCUCAGCAUGCUUAUUUUUAGUUUCUGGUAAGUGGGAUGGAUGUUCUUAGGGAGAUAUACUUGCCCCUCCCCGUUUGUCGGUCCUGCUGUUUUUCCUCUUCCCCUCUCCAUUCUCUCCCUCGUUGGCCACUUGUGUCGGCGGGCAUGCGCAUUUCUAGUGUACAUUCAGAUGAUCUACUACAAUGGCAUUUAAGUGGCAUAGAGGGAACUGUCGGCUGUAUUAUUUCAAGAAUUUGUUUAAAAUAAUAAAAAUGGUUUUCUGUGUUAAGUGCUUAAAAACAAAUUUCGAUGCAAAAGUCCAAGAAGAGAAUUUUGCCUUCUGUGGCUGUUCUGUACAAAUUUGGUGCUUGUUUCUGAAUGCAAAUGACUAAAGAAUUAAAAAAUAAGAAAGGAAAUUACUCGUUUUCAAAAGGCACGCAUCUGGCACUGGCAACAAGGCAGUGGUCCCUAAAACCAUGAAUAUCUCAGUGUUAUGUAGACUAUGACAUUAAUAUGGCUUAGUCCACAGUAUAUCUUUAGAAAAAAUAUAAUCUGCUGCGUCUCUAAGUUGUCAAAGCUCAAAAUUGAGAACAGACUGGACAUCCCAUAUAUUCAGUUUUAGUAAGCACUGAAUGUGUUAAUAUUGGGUAAGAGCAAAUAACUUUCUUGCUUAUACUAUUAUUACUAAUUAUUACACAUUCGAAAACAAGUCAAACACUGUGGUGAGAACUUCAGAGCAUACGUACACAUAUAGUGAAAGCAAUUCACAGAAAAAAUUUUUUUUCACUUCAUUUCAUUUAGAAAGGAAUUGGCUUUUGUGUGUUUCUUAGGCCCUUAAGGGAAGUUCUAUUCACUUUAACCCUCAGAGAAUUUUUACUAUGUCCUAUUUUUAAAUCACAUUAUGUCAUCUUCUGUUACCUUUAUUGACCAGAGGAUUUUUAGCAGAGGGUUUCUAGAAAAUAGACACACAAGUAGUAUGCUUUAGAAGGGUUACAUUGCCCUGAAGUUUACAUGAAACAGCAUUGUUGCUCAAAUCUGACUUAUUUUAUAUGAAUGUUAGUAACGCUCAUGUUAUAUAUUGUAUUCCAAUAAAUAUAGAAUAUUUUUUCACUAUCAUUUCUCAUAAUAUGACAGUUUUUGCUUUCUACUGUUUUGUGAAGUGAGCAUUAGGAUUUGGGGAAACCAUUCUGCUUUUGCAUUUCAAUUUCUGUGUUUUUUCACAUGGACCCUCUAAUGGCCCCAUCGAGCUCAAUAAACAGUUCUACAGCUUAGCACAUGAGAGUAGGUUGUCACAUUGGGCUGAACUGUAGGAAUAUGAUUCAUUUGAAAUACCUUACCAAUUUUGCAUACAUGAUAAAGUGUUCACACCACUUUCUAAGUGCAUAAUGUUAAAAUUUUGUGACCAGAUAUUAAAAUAUUAAUAAGUGGACAGAUACUAAAAGAAAUGGGUAUAAUCUAAAUCACUUAGAAACUAAUAGUAUAUCAGAACGCUUAGAAGUAAAAAUGUUUCAUUCAAUAAUUUAACUUUUAGCGUAUUCCUAAUUAGGGGUUUGAUUAGAUUGUACUGUUUAAUUUGAGAAUAUUUAGUCUCAAGGGAAAACUGCCUGGCUUCCACUUAAAACAGUGGCCUUUUUCUACCAUGUUGUUUUGAAAUGCAUACUCACGUGAAACAGUAUGAGUCCUACGCAUAAUCUGUAAAUAACUUAUGAGAGAAUUCUUCAGUGGAAACAAGUGAGAGGAUGGCAUUCCUUUUGCAGAUAAAAAUUAUGAACGUCUAGAGUUUUUUUCUAUUAAGAAUACUCUGUACAUUCAAUAGUUUUACAAUAAGAUCUGUAGGUGUGUCUUUAGGUGUGUGUGUUACGACAUGAAACAGCCCUCUGGGUUUGACUGUGAUGUUUUGUAUUUUUAAGAACUACCAUGUGCUUGCAGAAACUAAGAAGCUGUUAUCAAAAUGCAGUGGAGCAUGGCCAAAUGACUAGAAACUUUAUUGAAUUUUUGUGAAUAUAUAGACUUUAUCAUUGUACCAUGGACUGUGAAUAUACUAAGUAUUGGCUAUUGAUAAAAUACUAAUUUGCAUUUCAGGCAAAUAGAUGUUACACCGCUUGGUUAGUCUAGUAUAUUUCUAAUAUUUUGUGCUUUCAUAUCCCAAAGGAGACGAUAUAUGUGAAAAUAUUUUGAAAUACUGUAAAGUGAUAUAUAAUGACAAGAUAUAUUUCUGUAGAGAAAAAGUUUAUAACGUUAAGAGUAUUGUACCAUUAUACAUCCUCAUGCUCAAUCUCAUAAGAAACUGAAAAGAAUCAUGACAGAACUGAAAAUAUGUCUGCUUUCUCUAAGUCAUGUCCAGUUCUCAGUUCAAAAAUUAUUCGGUAUAGUUUUAUUUUGGAUUUUAGUUUUGAGAAACAACCUUUUUCAGUUUCAAGGAGAAAACAAAACUUAUGACUCUGGAGUUACCAGAGAAGUUCUAAGAUAUUUUGCUAAGUAUUAAAAAUAUAAAGAUUGUGUUUAGAAAUUACCUACUUUGUUUCUAGUUUUUACACUUUAACCUGACAGAAGGAAUGCUCUGGUGAAAAAGGAAAAAUAUUGUAGUACGGUAUUACAUUUGAGUUACUCUCUAAAAAAUCAUUUUAGAAAGUAAACUUCCUUAUCAAGGUGUCAAAAACUGGUUGAACUGAUGGAGAGGGAAUAUUUGUUUAAUUGUUUCAAGUUAAAUUUCCCAGGUUUAUAGUAGAGUUAUGGUUGAGUGUGUAAUCUACUGAGUAACUAAAUCAAGCCAGUUUCUUUGUCUUUCUAUAAUUGAGGCUCUUCUAAAAGCUUUAUUUUCUAACCUGAGAAAGGAAGGGCGUUCUUGAUCUUGCUUGAUUGUAAUUGCAUCUGUGGGUCUCUCAAGUUUAUUUGGGGUGAGUGGGGACUCUUUGUUAUAGGAGUAGUUUUGAAGAUUUCUAUUUUGUUUCCCACUUAAAAAGUUCCAAUUUUCUUUUCCUUUGGGGUAUAUCCAUUAAGUGUAAGGUAGGCUAAGUUAGACAAGCAAGAAUCAUUUCAAAUGUAGGUGCAGUUGUAGAAAAUGAUGGCCUGGGUCAGCUGGAUCUGGAAAAUUAGGGGUGUACAAAGGGUUGACUUCUUUCAAUUUAGAAUUCUUUAGUGUUUAUUCCAUGAGCAUAUUUGUUGAGUAAUCUCUAGGGUGACAGUGAGUACACCCUGCCUCUUUGCCUGUUCCAGCCCACCCAGCAGACUGUGCUUAGGGACAGACCACGUUUUAGAAAUUCCUUAUUACCGAAGUUAAUAAUAGAAUAAUAUAGUUAUAAAUAUGAAUGCCUGGAGGUGUCCAGAUGUGCCUUAACUAAUGUAAAUGCUUUUCAUUCAGAAGUUUAAAUUUUUACUUCAUUAUGAAAUCUUGCCAUAAGAAACAUUCCAAACCGUGAAGAUCAGUUCAUUUAAUGAAAUUUACUUUCGUGCUUUUUCAUUUUGGAGACAUUUCCAUUUGUAUCAGUAACAUCAGUUCAAAAGGAAGUGUACUAGCCACAGUGUUCAAAAAUGUGUUACAUUUGAGAAAGAAGUAAGAUCUUACAGCAGAAAGAUUAACUUCAUUGUUACAUUUAUUUAUGCUUCUGCCUAAUUUUGCUACACCCUGUAAUUUUCAUUGUAAACAUCUCUCAGUUACUACAAGUAAUAUUAAUCCGUGUUUUACUUUUGCUUUUAGAUACAGAGGGAUGUAGAGAAUGGAAUUCUAUUCGAGAAAUGAUUUAAAAGUUUAAUUCCAGUAGAUAGUUGGAGGAAUCUGAAAUUAAUUUGGACUUUUAUGCUGUAGUUUUGUUAGAAACAUUUAAACAGUACUUGUUCUUGCUUUUUCCCUAGAUUAGAGAGAACGUUUUUUGUCAUCUUCUGCUUUUUCCCUCAUCUGUUGAGAAGUUUAUUGUUUUAGUUACUUGUGGGAAAUAACUUCUUAAUAUGUUGGUUUCCUUGAAUUAAAGUGUUCACGUGGAGGAUACAAUUAACUGCUUCGUUUUAUGGCCCAAACUCUUGCCUGGAGGUUGAGUUCAGAGAUGGGGAGGUGGCUGAGAACCAGAGUGGGCGUCCUGGUGAAGGGGCACGUACACUGGGCUGCAUCCUCUCCAGUAGAGGAGGGGUCUCCGGAGCCUCCCCUGGAUGCCGAGGGUGUCGGACCCCGUGAUCGCUGUCUUCUGAGGAAGGUGGGCCACCUUGGACUUCAUGCACAGUUUCACUGGGUAUCAAUUUUCAUAAAAUACCUGUUAUAAUUCAUUCGUCACCAUUUUGCAGUUGUUUAGGAAAUUGUGAGCAGUUGGAUACCUGCUAUGUAAAUUACAGCUGAAUCUUUCUAUCUCGGGAAACAUUGAAAUACCAGUUCUGCCUACCCCUCUCGCCAGUUCAGAACUUCUGAUUUCCAUCAAAAAUUAUUUGGGGUUGUUCUUUCAGAGGUCUCUAUAUAAAAUUCUCCAUAAAAUGAUUUAGUGUAAAGACGAAGUGAAAGGGAAAAGGCACCAGUGCGCACUUGUUAUGCUGAGAGACCUUUUUUAGACAAAUCAGAAACCUUAUAUAUUUUAAUAUGAAAAAUAUGUUGAAGCUAUAAAGUUUAUCAUAUUUUUGUUUUUAAGUUAUAAUGGAGUUUGUGGAACCGUUACAUUAACUAGAGAGAUUCGUUGUGUAAUAAGCUUUGGUCCUAAGAAGUGUCCAAGGUCUGCAGUCAUUGGUCAGAUGAACACCUUUUUCAGUGCUGGUGGGUUUAGUUUCAUGUGGAGAAGAGGAAAAUAACAAUCGAAACAAAAAAUUAGAAACAGUCACUAGAAACUCACUAUAGAAAUAAAGAUGUAAGUGACUGUAGGUUUGUGGAGUGCCAGAAUUUACUGGAAUGAGGAACAGAUGAGGAUGCAGAAGCUUUACGGUGGGAACGUGCUCGGUGUUAUCCGUGCCAGGGAGAUCUGGACUGGUGUGAAUGGGAAGCAAUGCCAUUCAUGCUCGCAUUUUCAGCCUGGAUUCCGCUUACUCCACAGUAGAUGGAAACCUUUCACAGACUGAGAGAAAUAAUCACAUGAUGCGCCACCAGGUUGAAUUCCUCUGCCCGUGGUUCUACUGACAGGAAGUUAAGUGGAGGCAGUGGCUGCAGAGACGGGAAGGAGGUCCCGCGCUAGGCUGUUUCUAACCAUGUGACUGUACCCCACGCCGGGAGAGCGAUGGCGUCUUCCUCGUGUGGCACCACCGUUAAGAGCAACAAACCAGAGCAAGGGUUUGACAAGCGUUUUGUUCUUUGUCCUUUUUUGCUUUUGUUUUUGUUUUGCGGUACGCGGGCCUCUCACUGUUGUGGCCUCUCCCGUUGCGGAGCACAGGCUCGGGACGCGCAGGCUUAGCGGCCAUGGCUCACGGGGCCCAGCCGCUCCGCGGCAUGUGGGAUCUUCCCGUACCGGGGCACGAACCCGCGCCCCCUGCAUCGGCAGGCGGACUCUCAACCACUGCGCCACCAGGGAAGCCCUGUCCUUUUUAUAAGAAAGUUGUUUCCGUGUUUCCCAAGUGAGCUGUCCACUCCUCUUCCGUGUUACCUAAGAAGAUAGACGGCCAACUGGGUUCAGUCACCGCUUCAGCUGGGAAACUAUUGUGUCCUUUGUAUUUCAGGAAAAUGGGUAGAUUCUUAGAAAGAUGUGUGCUUUCCUUCCUGCAUGAGUGCUGCCUCUCCAGCAGCCGUGGGCCUUCUCUGUGCUCUGUCAUCUCCUGCAGGAUGAAUUACAGAACGCCGUGCACGUCUGUGCACACCAAUACCAUGUGUAUGUGGUAGGAGCUGUAACCAGUUUCUGGAUCUGUAUGGUACUAUGAAACACUUAUUUUAUAAUCCUGUAACUGUAUGGCAGUGUUAUGCCAGAAAAUGUAUAAAGUGCAGUAGUGUCUGUUGUUUACUGCUGUAUUUAAAAAUAUCGUUUCUGAAUCUAUAUAUUUAGAGUUCUGUUAUUUUUAAUAACUAUUGCCAAAUAUACAUCCUGUAAAACGACCAAAAGCCACUUCAUCUUACUUAACAUUUUAGCAUUAUGCUGAUUUUGCAUGAUUAAAAUAUUUUUAAAGAGCUGGAACAAA